AUGUUCUUAGAAGAUUUUAAAUUAAAAUGUUUAUAAAAUUAUACUAAUCCUGUAGAAAAAAAUUAUUUUGAUAACUUUUAAAGAGAUAAAGAAUUAAAAAAAUAAGUUUUAUAAAAAAAAGAUUAAGAAUUAAAAAAUUAAGAUGAAUUGUAAAAAUAAUAUAACGAUAAUAUAAAAAAAGAAUAUAGAAAUCAAUUAAAUAGUUAAUCAAACGGAUAUACAUAAGCUAUCCCUGGAAUGUAUUAAGAUCAACAAAGAAUUUAUGGUUUAGGUAAUUCAUCUCCAAGUUAUGACAAAACAAGGCACAAUGUAGGUAAAAUGUAUAUAUAUAAUAAAAUAAUAAUACAUGACGAUUUAGAUAAUAAAUUUGGUUAAAUAAAAUUAAAAAAUAAUGGAAGUGCAUAAGGACAUAAUGGUGUAAAAUCAGUUAUUAAUUGGUCAAAUACAGAUAAUUUUAUGAGAAUUAAAAUUGGAAUAGGAAGACCUGAAAGCCGAAAUGCAUAUGAAGUAGCAAAUUAUGUAAUUUAAGAAAUGUCAUAAGUAAUUAUGCCUCUCCCAAAUCCAUCUGGAUAUAUAUAAAAUAGACGUGAAGAAUAACAAUAAAACAUUGAAAUUGAUAUGAAUAGGGAUUUUCCGUAUGAUCAAAAGCCAUAUUUUUGCUUCAAAACAGCAGGAGCAAGGUCUAUUAAUAAAAUUUGGAAAUAACAUCUUUUUUAGGCUGCUAUUACAUUUCAUGCUGGUAUGUAUGCUAUUGGAUGGCCUUAUGGGUCUAAUAAUCAUAUUAGUUAAAAGUAAUAUAAGUAAACUGGAGAAUUUGCACCUGAUUAAAAGGCUUUUUUUAUAUAUGGAAAAAGAAUGGCGGAUUAGGCUUCUUUUAGUGAUCACAUUUUAAAUUAUCCAUAUGAUACUUUAACUAAUUCUAUAUACGCAGUUCCAGGAACUUUCGAAGAUUGGUCAUAUGCAGCAAGUUGGGAGCCUAAAAUAUCUAAAAACACAACAUUAUUAGCAAAAUGUUAAGGCAUAUCAGCUGAAGAACUAGAAAUAAAUGAUGUAAUAGCACGCUCUCUUACUUAUUUAAUCGAAGUUGGAGAAUUCGAUUAUGAUAGUAAAAAAGAAGGUACAUGGGAAUAAAUAGGGUAUGCUAAUAAAGGAAUAGGACAUAUAUCAAGAAAUAUAAGACUUACAUUAGAUUUUAUAAAAAACUUAACUCCUUAACAUAUAAUUAAAAAAAUAGAAAAAACAAACAUAGAAUUUUAAAUAAAUGGAUGUUUUAAUGUAGAAAAAACACGAGUUUUUUUUAUGAGAAAUUCAUCUGUGAAUAUGGAAUCUGAAAAUUUUGAAAAUUUCGAAUAACUUUUUAAAUUAGGAUUUUAAGAGGAUUCUUCAUUUGAAAAUUAAGAUGGAGUUUUAAAAAAUGAAAAUUUUUAUUUCAAAUAUGAAAUAAAUGAAUUCACUACACAAGUAGUAUUAGUGUCUAAAUGUGAUUAAGAUUGGAAAAUUACAGUAGAAAACUCAAAGCCAGAUGGAAUUGGACCUUAAACUCAUAUUAUUUAAAGAAAAAUAAAUAAAAAAUAUUAUGCUGAAAAUAAUGGAUUUUAAAUAAGAAGUAAAAUGUGGUUUGCCAAUAGUUUUAUUAUAAAUGAUGAAAUAAAUAUAAAAAAAUCUAUUUACGGAGUUUUUAAAUAUUUACGAAAAAGAGAUCAAAAUUUUAUUAAAUUAGGUAGUAUUGAAAUUGAAAACAGAACUUUAUGA